UCCCUCCCUCUCUCUCUCUUUCUCUUUCUCUUUCUCUUUCUCUCUCUCUCUCUCUCUCUCUUUCUGUCUGUCUCUCUUUCUCUCUGUCUCUUUUUCUCUCUCACUGUCUUUCUUUCUCUCUCGCACGCGCGAUCGAGAGAAGAAACGCGCGCGUUUUUCGUCACGUUUGAGAAAAAAAUCUUUUCCGAUUUCGUAUCAUCAUCCAUCGUCGAUCCAAUAACGAUCGAAUCGAUUUUUAGUCUUAUGUUAAAAGUUUUCUUUCGCUUUUUUUUUUCUCCCCUCCCCCCUUUUUUUUCUUUUUCUCCUGCUUUUUCUCGCCCAUUCCUCGCCAGCUCAAUCAUCACACAAACGCAUACACGCGCAUGCACACACGCUUUUUUUACAUUUUGUUCUUUACUUUCGUUCUCCUUCGUUUUUUGUCUUCCUCUUCUUCUUCUUUUUCUUCUUCUUCUUCUUUUUAUUUUUCCUUUCUUUCCUUCUUUCUCUCGUUUUUGAAAAAUAUAUAGAGGUAUAAAAGAUAUAUUAUUAUAGAAGGUUUAGCCACGUUUAAGUUGGGAAAUAUGAAGUUGAUAUUAUAGUGAAUUAGAGUUUGUUGUCGAACAAGACCGAAGAUAUUAUUUUUUUUUUCUUUUUAUUUGUGAUCCUGUGAAAUUAAUUACGGUGCUCUACGAUCAAGUCUUUCACAGAUUCGAAGCAGCGACGGAAUUCGCAUAGUGACGAUAAAAUUAAAACAACGAGUGUGUCCUUUGAAUUGAAUUUCUAGUAGAGUGAUUCAGCUGUACACCUGUUCGCGUUUGAUAUCCUUCGGAGAAGGAAAAAAAGGAAAAGAAAAAAGGACAUAACGAUGAUGGGACCGUUCUUCGUGAUUAAGUGCCAGAGAAAGGGACGAUGAUAAUCAUUUUAAUAAUAAAUGUCUGCCUGUCGAAGGACUAUCGAACGACGACGCUUGAUCAUUGAAAAGGACAUCGAACAUGAGUAUUAAUAAAUGUAUUCUCGUCUACGAUCUAUCGUAAGCCUAAACGAUACGAAACUUUUCCUUGGGAGAAUUGAAAGAGUGUAAAAAGAAAGUGAAGGAAGAAAGAGAAAAAUAAAAUACAUAAAGAAGAAGAAGAAGAAGAAGAAGAAGAAAGAACAAAAAGAGAGAAGAGGAAAAAAAGAAAGGAAGAAAGAUAGGAAAGAAGAUAGAAAGGAAGAUAGGAAGGAAGGAAGGUAAGAAAGAAGGAAGGAGAGGAAUCGUUGAUAGGAGAAGAAGAAUUUGCGAACAAUGUUACUCCGACGUGAAAGGAAACAUCAAAGGAAUGGACCCUCGUGGUUGUUGAUCGUAGCUUCGGUCCUUCUUACGAGUCGAGUCAUCGAAGAAUGUAAUGCGACGGGACAACGUUAUAACACGCCUAGUCCUACGCAGGAGUUGGAUAAUACAUUGCAAAGCGUACCACCGACUGGGCCUAACGUGUGCAGAUCAAGGUUCAAGAAUUAUUGUUGUCCAGGAUGGACGAAGAAACCGGAAACGGGACUAUGCGUUAUUCCUGUAUGUACAAGGAGAUGCGGUACGGGAAGAUGCAUAAGACCAAACAUUUGUCUCUGUGAGGGUGGUACCGUGGCAUCUACUUGUGGUACGAUAACAACGAAAUUAACGACUCAUGAAAGUAACAGUAAUGUUGAUCGAGGAGAAUCAGGUAGAUGUAGAGUGCAAUGUAUCAAUGGUAAUUGUGUCGAUGGGAGAUGUCAAUGUCGAAAUGGAUAUCAGGGAGAGUUUUGUAACGAGCCCAUAUGUCGAGAACCUUGUUUGAAUCAAGGUAGAUGUAUUGGUCCGGAUCGUUGCGCAUGCAUCUAUGGAUACACCGGAAGACGUUGCGAAACAGAUUACAGAACUGGUCCUUGUUAUACGAAAGUAAAGAAUGGGCAAUGCUUGGCGAAUCUACAGGGUGUCGUUUGUACGAGACAGUUGUGUUGCGCCACCGUUGGUAAAGGCUGGGGUCAUCCUUGCGAAAGAUGUCCCAUGAGACUCGAUUGCGAGUUGGGUUAUUUAAAGACCAGUCAAGGUCAAUGCGUAGAUAUCAACGAAUGCGAGGCAAUUCCGGGAUUAUGCGAAGGUGGAAAGUGUGUUAAUACUCAAGGAUCGUUCACUUGCGAUUGUCCCGAAGGACAAGCUAGAGAUCCCGAGACGAACGAGUGUAAGGAUCGAGACGAGUGUCAAGAGGAAGGAAUAUGUGCUGAUGGCCGAUGUGUGAACACCAAUGGUGGCUAUUAUUGCCUUUGUAAUCCUGGAUUCAUACAGAGUCAAGAUCGCAGAUUUUGUAUUGAUGGAAGACAAGGGCUUUGCUAUACCGCAGUUAAUAGAAAUGGUCAAUGCAAAAAUAGAUUAACUAUGAGACUGAGCAAAAAGGAUUGUUGCUGCGGCAAGAAUAUGGGUAAAGGAUGGGGAGACGAAUGUUUCAUUUGUCCUAAUACUGGAAGUGAAGAAUACAAAAGGCUUUGCGCUCAACAACCGCAACAAUUCACGGUAAUAAAUGAGUGUGCCUUGAGACCUGAAAUAUGUGGUAAAGGCAAAUGCGUCGAUACGAAAGAAGGUUACGAAUGCGAAUGUUAUCCUGGAUUUACGAAGAAGAAUGGUCGUUGCGAGGACAUUGACGAGUGUCAAUUAGGAUACUGUCAAGGUGGUACUUGUCGAAAUUAUGAAGGAAGUUUUAUUUGUCAAUGUCCACCGGGAUUCACUGUCUCAGGGGAGGGCAAAUAUUGUACGGAUCACGAUGAAUGCCAAGAUACUGGAAUGUGCAAUAAUGGCCAUUGCAUCAAUAUGAAUGGUUCCUUCAGAUGCAAGUGCAACGACGGCUACACGUUAUCGCCAACCAAAAAUACGUGUAUAGAUAUCAACGAGUGUACCGAGAAUCCACGGAUAUGUUUGAAUGGUCGUUGCGAGAAUACACCAGGAUCUUAUCACUGUAUUUGUCAGUCAGGAUUUACACCUUCAAGAGACAACACAUUUUGCGUGGAUAUGGAUGAGUGUUCUACCAGUGGAAUGUGCGAAAAUGGAAAGUGCGUUAACAUGGAGGGUUCCUUCAAAUGCGUCUGUGAUUCUGGCUUUCGUAUUGGACCUGAUCAAAGUCAUUGUAUAGACAUCGACGAAUGUUUAAGUGCACCCUGCCAAAGUGGCCGCUGCAUCAAUACUCUUGGAAGUUUUCGAUGCGAGUGUCAUCCAGGAUUUAAUUUGGGACCCGAUGGUAGAUCCUGUUUAGAUACAAGAAGAGACCUUUGUUACUCGCAAUACAGAGAUGGUCUAUGUUCUAAUCCAACCUCAACGGCAGUGACUAAGUCGAGUUGCUGUUGUUGUACUAUAAUACUGGGACAACCUAUGGGUUGGGGUAGCACCUGUCAACCUUGCCCUUUACCCGGUACAUCAGAGUUUGAUGCUUUAUGUCCUCAUGGUGCUGGGAUGACAUACAACGGCGAUGACAUAAACGAGUGUGCUCAAAAUCCAAACAUUUGUAUAAAUGGCGGUUGUGAAAAUUUGAUGGGUACUUAUCGUUGUAUUUGCGACAAUGGUUAUGAAGUCGAUGCGACGGGAAAAAUUUGUAGCGAUAUAAAUGAAUGCGAACUGGAGGAAUCCUUGUGUAGUGGUGGCCAAUGUCGGAACACACCUGGUGGCUAUCAGUGCAUCUGUCCGACUGGCACAAGAUUGAAAACGGAGAAUCAAAUGUGCGAGGACAUCGACGAGUGCGAAGAAUUAGGCCCAGACGUUUGUUUCAAUGGAAUAUGUGUGAACGUUCCUGAAUCAUACGAAUGCGAAUGUUCUCCAGGCUAUAUACUUGACAAUACUGGACAUAUUUGCAUGGACAAUAGAAAAGGAUCCUGCUGGACGAAAAUGGUAGAUGGUAGAUGCGAGAACAAUUUACCUAGAGUUGCUCUAAGAUCAGAAUGUUGUUGCUCCGUUGGAGUUGCUUGGGGAAGUCCUUGUGAAGUUUGCGACCAUUCUCUUUGCGAAUGUUCCAAAGGAUACGCCAAAGUUGAUGGUAAAUCUUGUGUCGAUGUUAACGAGUGCGAACUUAAUGCUGGUAUAUGUAGAGGAGGUGGUACGUGUGUUAACACUGACGGAUCAUAUCGUUGCGAGUGUCCACCUGGUUUGACUUUGGAUCCGACUCAUACUACUUGCGUCGACACUAGAGAAGAAACUUGUUACUUGGAAUAUCGUCAUGGUCAAUGUUCAACGGCAAUCGAAGGACACUUCUCCAAGAGUCUUUGUUGUUGUUCCGUUGGUCGUGCUUGGGGUAGCGAAAAAUGUGAAGCUUGUCCGAAAAUAGGAACACACGCUCAUUCGGAAUUAUGUCCUAGAGGAAAUGGAUUUACCGAACGUCAGGAUAUUAACGAAUGCGUUGAAUUUCCUGGCAUGUGUGUCAACGGUAGAUGUAAGAAUACCGUCGGUAGUUACAGUUGCAGGUGCAAUCAAGGAUUCGCUUUGGACGAACAUGGCAUCAAAUGUAACGAUAUCGAUGAGUGUGAGAUUAUGCACGGUGUAUGUGGCAAUGGUACAUGUCGAAAUACACCUGGCAAUUUCCAAUGCGACUGUAACUCUGGUUAUCGUAGUAGUGACAUUAUGAAAAUUUGUAUGGACAUAAACGAAUGCGAGGAGACUCAAGGCUUAUGCAGAGGUGGUACCUGUGUGAAUACCGAAGGUGGAUUCAAAUGUCAGUGUCCUCCAGGGCACGAGUUGAGUCCUGAUAAAGAUUCUUGCAAGGAUAUCGAUGAGUGUUCUAGAACAAGUGGUAUAUGUUCCAAUGGGAUUUGUGAGAACAUGAUGGGGACUUAUCAAUGUAUAUGCGACGACGGUUAUCAACAAACUGGACACAAAUCUCAUUGCGAGGAUAUAAAUGAAUGUCUCGUGAACAAUGGUGGUUGCGAAGAUAUUUGUAUAAAUACACCUGGCAGUUUCUCCUGUUCGUGCGGUACGGGCUACGCGCUAAACUUGGACAGUCGUUCUUGUUCCGACGUGGACGAGUGUAAAGAAAAUCCACGAAUCUGUAACGGAGGGAAGUGCUCAAAUAUACCGGGUGGAUACAUUUGUACUUGCACGGAAGGAUUAUUACCUGGAAGGGAUGGAGCGUCUUGUGUCGACAUCGACGAGUGCGUAACGCAACCACAAAUCUGCGGUUUUGGAGAGUGUCAUAAUACGAUUGGAUCUUUCGAGUGUCGUUGCGAGGAAGGUUACUCUGUUAAGCCGGAUGCAGGAUCAGCGUGUACUGACGAUGACGAAUGUUUAUUAAAUGCUUAUACUUGCAGUGAAUUUGCCGAAUGUCAAAAUACUCAGGGUUCUUACGAAUGUACUUGUCACGAAGGUUUCACUGGAAAUGGUAUCGAGUGUAGAGAUAUUAAUGAAUGUCUUACCAAUAACGGUGGAUGUGAUUCUAAUGCUCAAUGCAUUAAUACCGAGGGUUCCUUCAAGUGCGUCUGCGAUGCUGGUUUCAGGGGCGACGGUUAUACAUGUAAGGACAUCGAUGAGUGUGCAAACGAUAAUACUCUUUGCGAGAAUGGUCAUUGUUUGAAUUAUCCUGGUUCGUUUCGUUGCGAAUGUGAAAUGGGCUUUAUGCAUCCAGACGAGAACAACGAACAAGCUUGCGUUGACAUAAACGAAUGCGACAUGUUCAGUAAUCUUUGUGUCUUCGGUCGAUGUGAAAACAUUUUUGGUAUGUUUCGUUGCGAAUGUAACGAGGGAUACAAGUUGGAUGGUUCUGGUGGUAAUUGCACGGAUAUCGACGAAUGCGAGAGCCCACAGUCUUGUCAAUAUGGAACGUGUAUAAAUACUCAAGGAAAAUAUAUAUGUCAAUGUCCGCCUCAUUACGAAUUGGUCGAUGCUGGAAACGCUUGCGUCGAUAGGCGCGACGGUUUCUGUUAUGCCGGUUUCGAGCAUGGUACCGGCAGACCACAAUGUGUUUUCGAGAUGUCAACGUCAGUAACAAAGGCAACGUGUUGUUGCAGCAUUGGUACCGCUUGGGGUAAUCGUUGCGAAGAAUGUCCCAAGCCAGGGACGAAAGAAUUCGAAGAACUCUGUCCUGGUGGUAUGGGCUAUAGGCCAAACCGUGUCACUGUCAUAUUGGAAGACAUUAACGAGUGCGAGGAACAUGAGAAUAUAUGUCAGAAUGGUCAUUGCACUAAUACCUUUGGCAGUUUUAUGUGUUCUUGCAACGAGGGUUUCGUUCUGGACGACAUGAAAACAAGCUGCGUCGAUAUAAACGAGUGCGCGUUACAUCCGUACAUAUGUAGCGUGGGUCGUUGCAUCAACGACCAGGGCAAGUAUCACUGCGAGUGUCCCGAAGGCUAUAUAACCAUGCCAGGAGGAAAGGAAUGCGUCGACACAAGGAAAGAAUCCUGUUAUGUUAGCUAUGAAUCUGGUGAAUGUUUCAAUCCUAUGGCUCAACCACAGACGAAAAUGUUAUGUUGCUGUUCAAUGGGAGCAGCCUGGGGUAGUCCAUGCGAAAGAUGUCCAUCCGAGAGGACACGUGAGCAUGAAAUUUUAUGUGGAUUGGUACCAGGCCAAAUUAUGAAUCCGAUAACUAAUCACACUGAGGAAAUCGACGAGUGUGCUCUUAUGCCAACUAUGUGUACUCACGGUCGUUGUUUGAACACGCCUGGCAGUUUCGAGUGUCAAUGCGAACAAGGAUAUGUUUAUGAUCAGGAUUCACAUCAGUGUAUCGAUGAAAAUGAAUGCUUGCAAACACCAAAUCCUUGUAGCGGUAAUGCUCAGUGCAUCAACCAACAAGGAUAUUUCGAAUGUGUUUGUCCUGCGGGAUAUAAAUUAGGUAUCAGCCGACGAGAUUGCAUCGACAUCGAUGAAUGUUUCGAGCGUUCUGGUAUUUGCAAUAACGCAGCUUGCAACAAUCUACAGGGUAGCUUCCAAUGCAUUUGCCAUUCUGGUUUUGCUUUGACUCAUGAUCGGGAAAAUUGCGUUGACAUCGACGAAUGUCAACGAAAUCCAAAUAUUUGUAAUAAUGGAACCUGCAUAAAUAUUCUUGGUUCUUAUAAAUGUCAAUGUUACGAUGGUUUCAAGUUGAGCCCAAACAACGAUUGCGCUGACAUCGACGAAUGUAGGAUAAUGCCUUUCCUUUGUCGCAAUGGUAGAUGUCGUAACACUGUUGGUACUUUCAUUUGCGAAUGUGCCGAUGGUUAUAUAUUGGCUCAAGAUAGACAACAUUGUCGAGACGUCGACGAAUGUCACGAGAUUCCCGGGUUGUGUCCAUAUCCAGGAAAAUGUCAGAAUUUAAUGGGAUCUUACAUGUGUACUUGUCCACCCGGUUAUGAAUUGAACAGCGAAAGAAGAAGAUGCGUUGACAUAGACGAGUGUCUAGAGACAAUAGGUAUCUGUGAAAACGGUCAAUGUAUUAACACAGACGGCGGUGUUAUCUGUGAAUGUCCAGUUGGCUUUCAAUUAAGUGACAAACCUAAUUCGAUGAGAUGCAUUGACGUUAGGGAGGAACAAUGUUAUGAUAGUUAUAGACGUGGCCAAUGCUCUUUCCCUCGGAAAGGUGGAAUGACGAAGAAACAUUGUUGUUGUACCAUGGGUAAAGCUUGGGGGAAAUAUUGCGAGCAAUGUCCACCAGAGAAUAGUGAGGAUUUUAGAAGAUUGUGCCCAGAAGGAGUAGGUAGGGAUGAUACUGGUAUUGAUCUGAACGAAUGUCUUUUUAUGCCGGAUGCAUGUUCCGGUGGCGAGUGUAUAAAUACUGAUGGAUCCUUCCGAUGCGAGUGUCCAUCUGGUUACGUUUUGGACGAAACUGGAAGACGUUGCAUUGACAAUAACGAAUGUUUAACAGUUCAGAAUAUUUGUGGCAAUGGUACCUGUACCAAUAUAGAUGGUGGCUUCGAAUGUUCCUGUAACGAAGGUUUCACACCAGGUGUCAAUCAGAUCUGUGAGGAUGUUAAUGAGUGCCUUGAAUUAGGUAACCAAUGUGCCUUUAGAUGUCAUAAUGCACCUGGAUCGUUCAGGUGUAUCUGUCCAUACGGAUAUACUUUAGCUCCUGAUGGAAGACACUGUAUUGAUGUCGACGAGUGUGCCACACCAGCGAACAAUUGCAAAUACCAAUGUAAAAAUCUUAUCGGUACGUUCAUGUGCAUUUGUCCACCUGGAUAUCAACAAAUUGGUACGGCCGAUGAAUGUAAGGACAUUAACGAGUGCGCUAUUAAUUCUGGAUUAUGCAGACAUGGACGUUGCGUCAAUUUAGAAGGAAGUUAUCAAUGUUAUUGUUACGAUGGUUUUGAACAAAGUGCCGAUGGAAAAUCAUGUAUUGAUCGUAGAGUUGGUUAUUGUUUCCUACAAACGAUCGGUGGUAGAUGUACAGCAAGGACCUCAGAAUUACGUACAGUGACUAAAGCGGAUUGUUGUUGCACGAUGGGUGCUGCAUGGGGUCCACAUUGUGAGAUAUGUCCUUCGAGAGACUCAGAAGAUUACAAUGAAUUAUGUUUGGACAAGGGUUUCUCUAUAAAUGGCCAAGAUAUCGAUGAAUGUAAGACGAUACCGGAUUUGUGUAGAAACGGAAUAUGCAUUAACACAUUGGGUUCCUACAGAUGUAUUUGCAACAAGGGAUAUAAGUCUGAUAAAUCGGGGGCACAUUGCAUAGAUGUGAACGAGUGCGAAUUAACUCCCAAACCUUGCAAAUAUAAUUGUCAAAACACUGAAGGAAGCUUUAUAUGUUCCUGUCCUGUCGGUUUCAUAUUAAAUCCCGACGGGAUCAGUUGUCGGGACAUGGACGAAUGUGCUACAGGAAAUCAUCUUUGUCAACAAAAUUGUGUAAACACUCAAGGAAGCUACACCUGCGGUUGUCGCGAAGGAUAUACUCAAGAUGGAGAUGCUUGUCACGAUAUUGAUGAGUGUGAACAACCAGGGACUUGUCCGAAACCGGGUACGUGCGUCAAUACGCUUGGCAGUUUCCGAUGUAUCUGUCCCAGAGGAUUUAAGCUCGAUCAGUCUGGAAGAUUUUGUACCGAUAAUAACGAAUGUGCCGACGAUAGUAAUUGCGAGCAUGGCUGUCAAAACUUUAUGGGAAGUUAUCGUUGCGGUUGUCCAGAAGGAUUUGUUCAACAUCUUUAUUACAGUCAGUGCAUAGACGAAAACGAAUGUAGCAAUUCACCGUGCGGUGAAAAUACUUGUAUUAACACUAUUGGAAGUUACAAGUGUGGUUGCCCUGACGGUUAUCAGUUUGAUAAUAAUUUACAGAUUUGCGUUCAAGUCAGCGCAGGUUGUUUGGGAUCUCCUUGUGCUUUUGGAUGUACACCUAACGGAGCUAAUGGUUUUAUUUGCGGUUGUCCUACCGGUUAUCAACGAAUAGGACAAGGUCAUUGUUUGUCUACGAUUAAUCCGUUAUCUCAAUCCAAUUAUGGAGAAGAAAUUGGUAAUGUACCAACUUAUGUGAUCAAUCCGGAUCCUUAUCAUAUUCCACCGGCUGACGACAAAACUAUUUCUACGGAAGGAUGUUUCUCUUGCAAGAUAAACGGUAAAGGAAGACGUAGAAGAGGCGCCCGAAUCAGAUCGGUUGACGAGGAGUUACAACAAAAACGAGACGAAUUAAUCAAGAUACGAAUAACUCGAAAAGCAAGAAGACAUCAUCAUGGCGAGGAAUACGUUAUGAAGAUAAGUUUGCGCCAGACGAAGCAUAGAAUGAGAAUCAUUAAGUUGCAACCUGCUAUAAAGGAUGAAGAAAUGGAAUAUACGAUCGUUCGUGGUAACAAACAUGAAUAUUUUGAAAUUGCAAAGGAUCAUGGAAUUUGGGCACUUCAUUUCCGUAGUCGUUUGAAGAAACCAGGAGAAUUCCGUGUAGUUAUACAUGGUCGUCCAAGAAACGGUAUAACAGCGGAAAAUGAAAUUUGGGAGAAACCAUUGACAUUUAGAAUUCAUCUUAUAGUAACCGAAUGAAAUAGAUCAAAUUAUUUACUGACCGAUGAAUCCAGAAACAAACGAUGCAAGCAUUAACGUUCUCUUCACAAUGAAACAGUAUAUUUAAAUAACUCGUGUUGAGGACGUUGAUCGAUUAACAUUAUGAUGAUUUUAGGAUUAGGUUUUAAGAAUCAACGAUAUAAUUUAAUAAUUUUAUCUCUUUUUACUCGGUGGGCACGAGGGAGAACGGCGGAGAGGGGAUAAAAAGGUAAAGGGCACACAUCGUAUCACAAAUUUGAUCGCAAUUUUAAACGAUAAAAUUGAUGCUAUUAAUUAACACUGCCAAUAAUUUAACUGAUCGUACUCUCCAAUGUGUUCAAAAAAAAAAAAAAAAACAAAAAAACAAAAAAACAAAAAAAAAGAAACAAAAAGAAAAAAAGAAAGAAAAAGAAAAGUGAAAUGAUCGAAAGAAAAAAAAAUUGGUAAUUUCGUGACUUCAACGUUUUUCUACGAUAGUUAUUACCAAAGUUGACACAGAUCGUCACUGCCAAUCGACAUCUUUCUAUGAGUUCUUAUUGACAAUAAUACUUACUGCCCGUUAUAAUGAAAAAUUCUUAAUGAUAGUAGUAACAAUCGAUUAGAGUUGUACAAACAUUGAAGUCUUAUUCUAAUUGUAAGUAAAACAAUAAUUGUACACAGAAAACAGAUUUUAGCUUAUAUAUAAAUAUAAUUUAUGAAAUUGUAGCAUUAAUGUAACACGAAUGUAGGAUAUAAUUUAGAAUGAUACGUAAAAGAUAAAAAAAAAAAAGGAGACUUGAUUUUCGUAUGAAUCAAGCUUCGAAUGAA